UAUAAGCUCUGGGACGUGCACAAGUUCGUUUCAAUGGAGGCAAAUCUGUCAGAAGUUGAAUGAUCUGUUUUAAGGAACUAAACCAGGCCAAACCAAAUAAACCGAAAACCCAAAUUCUUUAUACGGUUCAACUUCACAUCCGGAUAUAAAAAUAUUUAAUUUGCUCGAUCAAAUUCCCCAAUCAUCAAUCAAAUUGAACUGUUCAUUACUAAGGAUACGCGCCGAGUUUUCGAAUUUUCUUAAAAUUGCUAACACUAAAACUCAAUUUCUGAGAAGAAGAACAAAAAGUUGUGUUUUUUUCUCUCUGCCCUCAAAAAAAGGAAAAGUCUUUUUCACCUAAGACAGCAAUUUCUAGGGUUUCUGUUUUCUUGGGUUGCCGAUUUGUUCUCGAAGAUGACGCACUGUGGAAAGUGGGUUUGAGAGAUGGUUUUAAAUUCGUCAGAUUUAGGACCUAGCCGCUGUGAGAUUCGAGACUUACCAGCUCGAGGCAGCAACAAUGAUCAGGACAAGACCGGUUACAUUUCGAGGAAGAAGCAUCAGCACCACCCAAGAACAGAAGAAGAUGGUGGUGAUGAUCAUGAACUUGGGAGAAAGAAGAAAGUGAAAAGGAGCAAUACAGAAACAGAAGCUGAUGCUUCUUUGUCAGACAACUCUUGUUUUGUGGCCCUUGUCACGGCUUCGAAUCUACACAAAGAUGCUCUGUAUCUUCCACAAGAUUUAACAGCUUUAAUUGGUCUUGAAAGGAAAUGCCGUGAGAUUGUUGUAACAGAUGAAAGGGAAAGAUCAUGGGCAUUGGAGCUGAAGUUCAACAAAUCAUCUGAUACUUUCUACAUAAGCCGAGGUUGGAGAAGUUUCUGUGAUGAAAACGAUAAGAAAGCUGGCGGCGUCUUUGUUUUCAGAUUAGUUGGAAACAGGGAAACUCCAGUGCUCAGUUUCUGUUCCACUGAAUCUAUCAAGAACAACAAAGAAAACUGUAUGGAGCUGGAGAGAAAGAAGAAGCAUCUGAAAUGUAUAGAUUCAACUUCACCAAGCCAAAACCGGUUUGUAACAUUAUCACUUUCACAUGACAACCUCAGAACAGGUACACGGCAUCUUCCACUGUCAUUUGCAAGAGAUAAUGGCUUGGACAAACCUGGGAUAAUAACUCUGGUUGACAAAGAUGGUACAAAAAGGAAGGCAAAUCUUCGACGGGAAAAAACAGGAAAGAUGUUUCUCGGAAAGGGAUGGAAAGAUUUCGUUAUAGCAAACGGCUUAAAGAGCAGCAAAUCUUUCACAUUGGAGGCAGUUUUGGAGAACGGAACUCAUAUGCUCAGUUUGGUCAGUAUACAGUCCACAAGUGAUAGAAGCCAGCAAGGAGAGUGCUCAAAAGAUAGCAAGAAAGAGUUAAUUUCUGCAGUACCUAGCAGAGGAAACAAAACCAGGAAAGCCAUGAACAACAGAGACGUGAGGAGAGAUUCAUUUCCAGCAAGCCAAAACCAGUUUGUGACAUUAUCACUUUCACAUGACAGCCUCAGAAAAGGUAGACAGGUGAGUUCAUCAAUCAACCCUUAUUUCACAGGAUACUUUAGUUUCAUCUCUUGCACUCCUAUUAAGUAUGUUAUCCGUUCAUUUAUGUUCCAGUAUCUUCCAUUGUCAUUCACAAGAGAAAAUGGCUUGGACGAACCUGGGAUAAUAACUCUGGUUAGCAAAGAUGGUACAAAGUUGGAGGCAAGUCUUCUACGGGAAAACAAAGGAAUAAUGUGUCUCGGAAAGGGCUGGAAAGAGUUCGCCAUAGAAAACGGCUUAAAAACCGGCGAAUUGUUCACGUUGGAGGCAAUUUUGGAGAAGGGAACUCCUAUGCUCAGUUUGCUCAGUACAGAGUCCACAAGUGAUAGAAGCCAGCAAGGAGAGUGUUCUAAAGAUAGCGAGAAAGAGUCGAUUUCUGCAGAACCUAGCAAAGAAAACAAGAAGAAGAAAGCCACUAGCAACAGAGAGGAGAGGAGAGACUCUUCUUCAGCAAUCCAAAAUCGAUAUGUGACAUUAACACUCACACCAGAAGAUGUCAGCGCCUGUAAACUAAUUCUUCCAAGUCAAUUCAUGAAAGCUAAUGGCAUUAACAAGCUCGGGAAGAUAACUUUGGUGGGUCAAAACAGAACGAAGUGGUUUGCAUAUCUACUGUCAAAAAAUGGAAUUGUGGCUCUGGGAUCUGGUUGGAAGGGUUUCUGUGAAGCUAAUGGCGUUAAGACAGGGGAGUCAUUCACUUUGGAAUAUAUUGAUGAACAAGACACAACUCCUGUGUUUAAGUUCUGGUCCAACUCCGUAGAGUAACAAAAAAAAAGUUUUUAACUAUAAGCAUGUAAAGUUCACAAGCCUUCCUUUAAAAGUAAAGGCCUUUUUGUUUGUUAAGUUUAAAUAUGAUUAUGAGCUUGUGAUUUUGUUAUUCUAUAAACUAUCUAUAAUGAGUUUCUCCUA